AUGGCCGGCGUGGACGCCGGCGGCGGCCUGCACGGCUUUGCUCGGCACGGCUCGAGGACGAAGGAGAAGGAGGAGGAGAAAGCGGACACGGCUUCGUGGGAGAUAAGGAUGCAUGAAGUGAAUGACCAUAUACACAUCUUUGGAAUGUCACUUUUGUACACUCGUUGGGUUCAUCAUGGAGAGUCUCCAGAUGGCCAGGUUGCUGAGUUCAGAGGGGAGGAGGUGCAGCCUGAUGAAUAUGAUGAUGGUGGAGGGAUACAUUUGGGUGAGGAUGACCAAGAUCAUGACCAAGCUGAUGACCAAGAUGAUGAUCACGGAGUCACGGAGAUGAUAUCAGAUUUGUACACAGCAGUAGAGGAAGAUGGAGGGACUCCAAGUUUUGCCAAAUGUCAGUUUCCAAAGUCGUAUGAUGAGGCGAAGAAGUAUCUUCGUGAAUUGGGCAUUGCAUAUGAAUCAAUCCAUGUGUCCAAGAACAAUUGUGUUUUGUUUCAUAAGUCUGAGGUGUUUGACACCGAUUAUGUCAACCUAGAAGCAUGCCCAGUUUGUGAUGAAUCUAGAUGGGAAGGUGGUGAGAGUGGCAGGCGGGUUCCUCAUAAGGUCUUGAGGCACUUUCCACUUAUACCAAGGCUGAAGAGGAUGUUUGCCAUGAAACGAACUGCUGAGGAGGCCCAGUGGCACAAGGUGGGUAGGAAGCCAGUCGCCAAUGAAAUGAGCCAUGUAGCUGAUGGGGAGGCAUGGAAGGACUUUGAUAGGAAGUAUCAAUCUUUUGCAGCGGAUGCAAGGAACUUGAGGCUUUCCCUAGCUACAGAUGGUUUCAACCCUUUUGGCAACAUGAGCACUCAAUAUAGCAUGUGGCCUGUGCUUGUGACACCUCUGAACCUACCACCAUGGGAAUGUGUUAAUUCAGCCAACUGUUUUAUGUCUUUGCUCAUCCCGGGUCCAUCAUCUCCUGGAAAAGAUUUUGACUUGUUUCUCGAGCCUCUAAUUGAAGAAUUGCUUGCUCUUUGGAAAGGAGUGUCCACUUAUGAUGCUGUUAGUGGUAAAAAGUUUGAUCUUCGUGCCGCUGUGUUGUGGUGCAUACAUGAUUAUCCAGCCUUGAGCACCUUGUCGGGGCGAACCACAAAAGGUUAUUAUGCAUGUAUCCACUGUGACAAAAAUCCUUUGUCACGGGCACUGAGGGGUAAGAUUGCUUACAUUGGCCAUCGUCGUUUUCUUCCAAAGGAUCAUGAGUGGCGGAAAAGCUUGGCUUUUGAUGGCUGCCGUGAAACCAGGGAUGCGCCGGGCAAAUUCAGUAGUAAAGAGGUUCAAGCGGAACUAGAGAAGGUGAAAGAUGUGAGGCCAGGAAAGCAUCCCGCACCCGCACCCAGGAAAAGGAAGCAUGGGGAGAAAAGCAGCACCAAAAUUUGGAGUCGCAAAGUUGGGUUGUGGAAGCUACCAUAUUGGAAGGACUUGUUGCUGCCACACAAUCUCGAUGUUAUGCACAUAGAGAAGAACAUUUGUGAUGCCCUCCUAGGCAUAUUACUCAAAAUUGAGGGCAAGAACAAGGACACCGAAAAUGCAAGGUUGGAUUUGUAUGAUAUGGGCAUUAGACACGAAUUUCACUUGCGAGAGGAUGGAGAUGGGUGUAGGAUGCCAGAGGCUUUCUAUGUAUUGAACAAGGAAAAUAGAACUAGAUUCUGCAAGUUCCUCAAAGGUGUGAAGUUUCCACAUGGUUAUGCCGCCAACCUAGGCAGAUUCAUAAGUGCAGAUGGUACCAAGUUGCAGGGGCGGCUGAAAACUCAUUGUUGCCAUGUACUACUGCAAAAGAUCAUGCCUGCUGGAUUAAGAGGAUUGGUGAGGCAAGAUGUGUAUGUAGCAAUUGCGGAGCUUGGGGACUUUUUCAGAGAAUUGUGUAGUAGAAAUCUGAAGAUAGAUGUUGUGAAAGGACUAAAGGAGAAAAUCCCAGUUAUCCUUUGCAAGCUUGAGAAAAUUUUCCCUCCAGCCUUUUUUGAUGUCAUGGUGCACCUAGCUGUGCAUCUACCUGAUGAGGCAUUGCUUAGAGGCCCUGUGUCAGUAUGGAUGGAUGUACCCAAUAGAGAGGAGAUUGGGUACUUUGAAGAAUUUUGUGAGUAA